AUGGCGAGAGACAAUCAUCGAAAUCGCAUUGAUAUCGGGGAAAACGAAGAGGACGACGAAGUGAAGAUAAUAGGAAUCCAGAAGCGUUGCAAGCGGUGCAAAGAAGUGAAAAUCAAGACCGAGGUGCUCGACGAGAUCGAGGACUUCUCGGCGAACGACGAGUUGGAUGCCGAGGUUCCGUACGAAAGUGACUCCAGGAGGAAGAUACAGGAGCCACAGGAUCUUGUUUAUACGUUCGAGAAACGUAGGAAAGAAAGAAGAAGAAGCUUGUCAUUGGUUAAAAGGGAAAUUACGUCGGACGAAUACGUAGACUUCGAGGAAUACAUAGAGGCGUUGACUACAGGGAAAACAUUGAUUUGCAGCGUCUGCAGGAUAGAGUUUCCCGAUGAAGCAGAGUUCAAGACGCACAUGAUAGGGCACAGUCACGGAAAAUUGUUCCAGUGUGGCCUUUGUGCGAAGCAGUUUUCACGGUCCUCGGCUCUGAAAGAUCACCUCCGGCUCCACGAGACGUUCAAAGCCUUCAUGUGCAGGCACUGCAGCCUUCGAUUUCAGCAGAGGGAUCAGCUGAGGACGCACCAGGCCGAGAUGCACUCGAACCGCAGGCCGUUCGAGUGCGGCGUGUGCAAGAAGAAGCUGCUCCAUCGGCAGUCGUUGCGCGAUCACAAGCUGAUGCACACCAAUGUGAAGCCGUUCGAGUGUUCGAUCUGCAAGAAGAGGUUCCUCCGGCCGAGUAGCCUCAGGGCACACAUGAUCGUUCACACCGCGGACUCGCCGUUCGAGUGCGACCUUUGUCCUGCCAAGUUUAAGAGGUCCUCCGUGUUGAAAACCCACAAGUUGACGCACACUGGUAUUAGAAGGUUCGAGUGCGACAUCUGCAAGCACCGGUUCCAUUUAAAGGGCGCGUUGAAACACCAUAUAUUGUCGCACUAUGGCGUGAGGCCGUACAAAUGCGAGGAUUGUGGCAAAUGUUACCGGAGGUCUUGGGGCCUGAAAGUGCACAGAUAUCGUCACACGGGGGUGAAACGAUUCGAGUGCGACCUCUGCAAAUCGCGGUUCAGCGUGAAAACGAAAUUGGCCAAGCACAUUUACGGUCAUAUCGGCGAGAAACCGUACAAGUGCGAUUAUUGCGGUCGUCAGUAUGGCGAACGAUACCAAUUGAAGGCACAUAAAUGCGGCAACCCAGCUAAGACCAAGAUCAAUCGAUCUUAUUCAGAUUCGAUCACUCAGAUCGUGUUCUUUCGUCCAAAAUCGACGAGCAGUUCGUUCGAUUUGGAUACCAAGAUUCGAUGAUUGUUUUAUAGAAAAUCGUUUGUAAUAUCGGAAAGAUGUAAAUUAGUCGAAAGAUCUCGUUGCCGAGGAUCCCGUUGCCAUUAAUUACGA